AUGGUGUUUCAAUCUUUUAUACGCUUUGCAAAAUUCAAUUCUUCUUCAUCUUCCAAAUCGGAAUUUAAACAACAUUUUUUCAAAAGCUCAUACCCGUAUUUAAGUAAACAUCAUGCUGCUAGAUUUUCAUUGAAAAAUUACAACAAAGACCAUUAUGAAUCAAAAUGGUGGUUUAAAAGACAAAGAAACACUUCAAAUAGAUCCGGAUCAUUUUUGUCAAUUUCUGACGGUCAUUAUGGAUUAUAUUAUUCCAUGUAUAAUCAUGAUGCUGAAAGAAGAAGACAACAAAGGGACUAUGAAAAAUACAUUAGGCACAUAAUAUUAAAACAUUUGGAAACUAGAGAUAGAUUGAUGAGCCUCAAGCAACAAGAUAAUUAUCAUCAUUACCUGCAUUUUGCCAAUUACUACUUUACUGGCGAACACCGCCAUCAUCACAAGAAUCACCAUCAUAAUUAUAGAAGACAUAAUCGUAGAAAAUAUCAUAGAGGCUGUCCUGCUCAUGGUUUCCAUUUCAAACUCCUUUUGAUUGGAUUCACCGCUAAAUUUUUAAUUUCAAAAGCUUAUUUAGAUAAUCAGAUCAACAUUGAGAAUAUUAAGAAGUUUUCUUCCAGAUUAUUUGCAUCACUUUCAUUUAAACCAAGUUAUUAUUUCUUAGGCUCAACUGCAGCCGGUGCAACCGUGGCAGCUGGUACUACUGCUGUUGCUGAAGCUCAUCUGACUCCAAUUACACAACCAUCUACAUUCGUUGGGCUUGGUUCAUCAAGUCAAACUUCCCCAUCGACACUUCAACCAGCUGCUCAUAUUUUUUCCACAGUUCUUGCGGCUAGAGCAUUUUCUACAUCGACCAAAAAACCAAAACAACAGUCGACCAACGUACCCGAAGUUGCAGUUGAAGAGCCAGCUGCUCAAAAAGUUGAUACUUUUGAAGUUGACUUUUUGGCAACUCAAGUUUCAAAUAUCACAUCUGCAUUCGAUAAUCAUAAAUGCCCUGAGGAUUUGAAUAUAAUCUACCCAUUAUACCAAGCAGUCAAGAGAAAUGAUUUGACUUUACCUAGUAUUGAUUUAUACAACAUUGUCUUGAAAUCAAUCUUGCAACGUAGCUUGAAUAAUACAGAGUUGGAAUUGAGUGCAAUUGAAGAAAGAUUGACUACUUUAUUGACAGUAUACCAGGAUAUUCUUAGUAUUGGUUUGAAACCAAACAAAGAAACUUACAAUUUGAUUGUUAAUGCAUUAUUAGAUGGUAGCUUGCAAUGUUUAGAAUUACCAACAGAUAACAGCUUGCAAUAUGCUGAAGUUUUCCCUAAGUCACAAGAAUUUGCACAAAUUUGCAUUGAAUUAUUCAAUUCAAUUUCAAAUCAAUUAGACUUGAAGGUGUUAUUAUCAAAAUUGAUUAAACUUUUGAGUAACUAUCCACAAUUGGUUACAGGUAAAAUUAUCCAACCAUUUAUUUCCAUUAUCCAAGAAAGCCAACUUGAAAGUAAAGAGUCGUGUUUGUUGGUUCUUGAAUUGUCAAAAUAUUUCGAUCAGUUUGCUGUAUUGAACAAUAAAGAAGCAUUUAAAAUCAUAGAAUCAGCCUACCACCAGUAUAAACAAUUCCCUGAUAUUGAUCCAUUUUCUGCAUAUGAAAAGGUUAUUGUAUCUUUGAUUAAUAACAACUUUGCCAAGAGAGCCGGCCAAUUAUUGGAUGAGAUUUUGAUGGACUACAAAGAAUCAUUGCAAUUUAGAAACAGACCAACCAAAAAACAAGUUGGUGAUUUGAUUGCUGCAUUCAUCGAAUCUUAUGUUAUCAAAUCAAAUGAUUUAAAUAAGGGGUAUGAAUUAUUGAUGAAAUUCAAUUCUGUUGCUUAUUUACCAGAAUUACCAGUUACUUUCUACAAUUUCAUGAUUAUUGAAUUAGCUAAAAAGAACAUGGUCGAAGAAAUGUGGCAGUUGUAUAAUCGAAUUGUUGUUAGAAGUGAUUUCCAAACUACUCCAUCUAUGACAUUUGUCAAAGAACAUGGAAUGUCAUGUCGUGAUUUAUUACUUUCCUUAAGUAUUGACAGUGGCGACCAUGAACGUACAUUCCAAUUGCUUAAAGAAAUUCUUGUCAAGGAACAUUUGAUUGCUGAUUUGGGUAGUUUGCAAAAAACUUUCCAUUACUUGUACAACGCAGUUGUUGCCAACCAAAUGGAUGAAGAUGAAUACUUUAACCAAUAUUAUUUUGGAUUGUUAUGGCAAUUGAUGGAAUCACAAGCACUUCAUUAUCAAACAUCAACAGAUAUUAAUGAUUUUAUUUCUCGUUUUGUUCCAUUUCUUACAGUUAAUGCACCAGUUGAAUUGCAAGCGGAUUUACGUGCGCAAGUUGCUGUUACCAGUUACAAUGUUAACUUGUUGCUCAGUAGUCCAUUUGUUUUGAGAGCUGUGGAAACUUUUGAUGUGCAAACUGAUAACGUCUAUGGUUUGACUGUAGUUAUGGCACAUUUGAUGAGAUUGAAUGAAACAUUUGGUGUUCAACUGGAUCUUUACAAGAGAGUUGCUGAAUUUGAAUCGAUUUUAAUUGAAAAAUUUGAAGAUCCUGAUAAUUUUUAUGUUGAAUUAACUCCAGAGAUGACUGACUUUGUCAAUAUGCUUAAACAUGACCGUGAUUCAAGAGUUUCGAAAAUUGCUAAUGUUACAGAAGAAAUUUCGACAGAAUGUGAAUCUGACUUGAGUGGGUUAUUACAACUUAGUUUUGAAAAAGGUAUCAGCAGAUUUGUAGAUGCAUAUGCUCAAGGUUCAAAAUUUACUUUCAAAACUUGGAAUUCUGUUGUUAAUUAUGAAUUUUUAGAAAGCUAUAUAUCCCAAUUUGAUUUGCAAGAAUUCUUACAAAGAAUGUGGAUGACUAAAUGUACUGACGAAGAGAAGAUUGGUUUGUUAAACCGAUUACUUGAAUACAAGAUGGGUAAUAUUGUUCAUGAAGUUGGUAUUUUUAUCAAGGAUAAUAAAAUUUAUGAUGAGAAAUUGUUGGUCAACUUGUUUGAUACCUGUUUGUUGCUUGAUGAUCAAUCUAUCAAUGAUUACUUUCUUCAAGAAGGAGUAUUCAAAGAUAUUUAUAGUCUCAAUAAUCAAGAAUCAUGGAUCGCUUCAUAUUUAGAAUACUUGAUGGGAAUUAAAAAGUUUCACGAAGUAUCUAAUGUAAUUGAUUCUUUAGAUGGUGAAAUUUCCAGCAAAUUGGGAUUGAUGUUAUUAGAAGCAGAUUUGGAAUUUGAUUUGGAAAAGUUCAAAUUUGAUCGUAAGAGGUUGUUAUUAGAGCCUUCGACUAAAUUAGCAGAAUUGGAUUUCAGAUAUGAAUUAAAGAAAGGUGAUUCUGCUAUCGAAGAACUUUCAAGAAAGUAUUCCAAGUUUGGUGAAAAUGGAUCUAUUAGAGUUCAAGAGUUACUUUCAUUUGUUCAGUUUUUAAAGGCCGCUAAAGGUGAUUCAGUUGAACCAUAUCAAUAUGAUAAUUUCAAAUCAAUUAAUCUUUUGGCCACUUCUUUAUUAUCGUGUCGUGAUUUGAAUGAAAUGCACAAAGUUGCUACAUCAGCCAAAGAGUUUAAUGCACAGGAGUUAUUUGGAGAAAUGAUUUUGGUAAUGACAAGAUCAGUUGAUUAUGUUGAACCAGAUGUUAAUCAAUUGAUGAACAAAUUCUUUGCUACCAUUAAGUUGUGCAAAUAUUUACGAAUUGGAUCUGUUUCAAGUGAGAAUUUUUUGCACAUCAUUAGAUUUUUAAGCAAGAUUAAAUCAGAUCUUUUGGUUGUUAUCUUGAAUCGUUUUAUCAUGAAUGGUGAGUUUGCAGAUGUUGUUAAUUUUUAUUUUAUGGAAGUUCAAGUUUUUGACUUCAGUGAGAAAUUAGAAAUAUUGAAAGAGUUAUACUAUGGAAUGAAGCAUUCAAAUAAUUAUGUUAACGUUGCAAUGAUUGACGACUUUUGUAAUACCAAUGGUAUUAAGUUCUAA